AUGGCUGUGGUGGCCCCAGUGGCUGUGAUGGCCACAGUGGCCAUGGUGGCUGUGGUGGCCCCGGUGGUGGCCCUGGUGGCCGUGGUCGUCCCAGUGGUCCUGGUGGCCCCAGUGACCCUGGUAGCCGUGGUGGCCCCAGUGGUCUUGGUGGCCCUGGUGGCUGUGGUGGCUAUGAUGGCCGUGGUGGCCCCAGUGGCUGUGGUGGCCCUGGUGCCCGUGGUGGCCAUGGUGGCCGUGAUUGCCCCGCUUGCCCCACUUGCCCUGAUCCUGGCGGGGGGGGUGUACAUCGAGAAGAACGCGCAGCUGUGCCACGUGGACACGGUGGAGUGGAGGGACAUCAUGAGGGACACGCGGCUGGAGCCGCUCGUGAGGGACAACGGCCGGGGCUGUGCCCCGUGCCACGAGAGCUGCGGCGGUCACUGCUGGGGGCCGGGCCCUGAGGAUUGUCAGAAAUUGACCAAGACCAUCUGUGCCCCGCAGUGCAACGGGCGCUGCUUCGGCCGCGCCCCCAACGAGUGCUGCCAUGAGGAGUGCGCGGGCGGCUGCACCGGGCCCCUGCGCACCCACUGCUUCGCCUGCUGACAUUUCAACGACAGCGGCUCCUGUGUCCUGCUGUGUCC